AUGACUAAUGAAACUAAUGAAAUUCCAGCAAAAAUAAAAGAACAGUUAGCAACUGCUACUCAGAAACUAGAAGGCUAUUUAGAACCCUGGCAAAGGGAAUACCCAGAGCCUAGGGAACUUACAGAAGUAGAAAGAAAAAAAAUAGAAGCCUUAGCGGAAGAACGGAUACUUAAAAGAGCCGAAUUACUAAAACCGGAGACUGAAAAAGAUAAACAACAACAGCAAAUACUAAUUCUUCUACUAAUUGCCGGAAUAGGAUACUAUUUCUUUAUCUACUUAGAUAGAAAAAGAACUGAAACCAAAUCCGAGAUUAGAAAACUAUUUCAGGCUAAUCCAACUAUAUCUGUUAGUGAAUUAGAUGCUACAGAAGAAUUAAAUCAACCAACCUUUAAAAAAAUUAUUGAAGAUUAUUCUAAAAAGGUUAAAAAAGCAAGAGUAAACAAUAUUUCUACUUUACAAAAAGAAGCCGGUGAAUUAAUCAUCGAAGAAAGGGUUAAAAAGCAAGGAUUGCACUGGAAAAGAAAAUUAAGCGGAGCACAAAAAUCACAUGAAAAAGCCAAAGAAAUUAUAUUAGGAGAUGAUGUGCCAACUUACAAAUUCAUUAGAGGAGAAAUAGAUCCUAAUACUAAACUUGAUAAUAAUGCUCUUUUUUAUGGAGCGCCUAGAACUGGCAAAUCAGUAAUGGCAGAGAAAUUAGCCUAUGAAGCAGAUAUGUAUCCCUUAGUAGUAAUUCAGGGUUCUACUUUAACCCCUCGUAAAAAUGAUUACGAUGCUGGUAUUGAUCCAUUAGCAAAGUUCAUUUUUACUCUCUGCGAUAUUGAUUUUACUUUAACAGAUAAUUUCGGUCUUGAAAGAGAAGAAGAUGGAGAAGUUAGAUAUAUUCUUUUUGUAGAUGAAGCAAAUCAGAUAACUACUAGCACUUUACUGUCUAGUUCUACUGGACUAACUUUUUUGAAAGAGUGCAUGGGUAGUGAUAAUAGGAUAAAUGAGAGUCACAAUUUAUGGAUUAUGGCUACAAAUCAUAUAGACCAAAUCGAUGUGGCUGUUUAUCAACCGGAAAGUUUUGAUGGCAAAUUUGUCAACCCUCGCCAACCAAAAAUAGAAGAAGUGUUAGGAACUCGUUUAAAAGAGCUUUCUGAAUCAGUUGAAGAACUUAGAAUAACGGUCCGAAGUGCCAAAAUUCAGCACACAACAGCAAUAGAAGGAAAAUUGGAAGAAAUAAGACAAAAAAUCACAACUGUAAGAAAUAAUAUGCCAGUAGCAGAAUCAGCAGUUUUAAUUGUAGGAGGUCUUUUUGCUCUUUUUAAGGCUGUCAGUGAUGGAAUAAAUACUAAAAGAGAAAAAUUGGCGAUAAGUUCUAAAGAAGUGGAGCAAAGACAAAAGCAAAUUGAAAAUCUAAUGAAAGACAAUAGUGAUUUUAAAAAAAGAAAUGAUGAAAUCUUUAAUUUGCUUAAAAAAGGAAAAAAGCAAGAAGAGACAAUUCGUGAUAGAUUAAAAGAUCCUAAUCUCUCUCCGGAAGAGAAGAAAAAAUUGGAAGAGCAAUUAGCAUUAAUUAUAUCUCAGAACGAAGAAUAUAAAAAAGAGUUGGAUAAUAAUAAUGAAAAAAUAAGAGAAAAUGAAGAAGAAAUUAAAAAAAAUCAAAGUAUCCUCGCUCAAAUUGCCUCUAAUUUAAAUAAAGAAAGUAAUGGGAUAUUAGAUUAUAUUACUUUGGAAAAUAUUAUAAUAGUAGGAGGAUGUUAUAUGGCAUAUAAAUUGUUAAAAGAUGAUAAAUAA